AUGGUGCUGCUGAGUAUCCGCCGCAUGGACAUCAUGACGGAGCAGGGCAUCCAGGCCCUCCACCUGCAGGGACUGGAGCGCAUGCAGUACGCUGCCGCGAAGAAGGCGCAGCGCGAGGAGAUCCUGCGACAGCGCCGCAUCGAGCAGCAGGGCGUUGAGGGCAUCCCCGUCGGUCGCCUGCUCGAGCACCUCAAGGAAAGCCCUGCGAUGUACGCGAGAGGCACGCAGCUGCUCGACAGUGAGUCUGGGCUCGCGGUGAUGCUGCGUGCGGGCUUCUUCUCGCUGCUCGACGCCUACGACACGGUCGCAGAGGAGACGGAGGUUCGCGUGCGUGAGGUACAGGCACUGAUUGCGCGUGCGCUGGCGCAACUCCCAUCAUCGAUGAUGGACUCGGCCCUCGAUGCCGUGUGCGUGCGGCUGCGUCGCGACCUUCAACAGUACCGCAAUAGUAGCAGCAGCAGUAAUAAUAAUGAUAAUAAUGCGCGCGACAAGGCAGCGCCGUCGCCACCACCAAUCACGUCAGCUUACCAUCUCACGAUGCAGGUGCUUUUCACGCUCUUCUCCGCGCAGGCGCCGGUGCGGGAGCGGGGGGCCAACGCGUUUGCCUUCAUGAGCGCCAUCACUGCCGCGCCGGAAGAGGAGGACGGGGCGUCGCUGCAGCUGCACUCCCACGCCACCUUCACCAUAGACACCGACAACCCGGUGGAGUGGCUCCAGUCCACGCAUGACAGCGUCGGUGCGUUCGGCGACCGCAAGCGUCCACGCGAAGCGGAGGCGGGUGUGCACAAUGACGGGGACAAGAACGGGGAGACGUCAGCCGACGGCGCGUCACGUUUCUUCCGCGACGACAGCGUUCAAACGCCGUGUGUGUACAGUCACUUGCUGUGCCGCGUCAUGGAGCUACUGACGGAGGCGGAGCAGCCGGCGCUGCUCCUCGACGCUCUGCUGCAGUGCCCGCGCCUCACACGCUACGUGUGGCACUACAUUCACAAGCACUACUGCCUCUCUGCGGAGAAGGCGCGUUGCCUGCUGGGCAUGUGGCUCCUGAAGAACCUCGCGGUGAAGCGGGUGGUGUAUCGCCGCUACGCCGUGAACAGCCUGCUGCACCUCGCUGCUGCGUGGAGUGAGUACCCGCGGCGACUGGCGGUGACGCAGUUGGGUGCGCUACUCGCCGCUGGUGGCCCCGACGGCCGCCGCGUCAUUGACAAGAGCGCCGAGUCGCUGCUGGUGCGUUACGCGAAGCGGCAGAUGGCGGCCAUCCCACUCGCGAAACUCCCUUCGCCCUCUUCUGGUGGUGGCAGUGUCGUUGUUGAUGUCACAGCGGCGAAGAGUGAGGACAACACUGACGUCGCCACGCUCCGCGAGAGGGAGAUGCGGAAACUCGCCGACGCGCUUGACCGGCACCUCGGGCCUUUUCUCAUGCUGUGCGCGCGGCAGCCGAAGGAGCUCUUCCCCGCUCUCUUUAGCGUCUUCAAGGAGUGCGUGGAGCGGCAGAAUGAGGCGAUGAUACAUCUGCUCGCCGAGCACGUGGAUGUGCGGCGCAUGUGCCAGCGGUUGUUCCGGGUGGGCACGCUGGCGUUCAUGUCGAACGUCAUGCCGUUCCUGCGCCGGCACAGCGGCGACGCCACACUGCUGGUGCAGAAGAUACUCUGGGCGAUCAGCGCUGAGUUGCGGUUAAUGGGACCAGGGACCGAUGCAGCGGCUACGGAUUUAGAGCAAACAGCUGUAGCGCUGCUGGGGCAUGCGCGUGUGAUGUUCGACGGCAGCGCAAUCCCGCUGUUGUACCGCGCCGUCUCUUCUGCUGGCGCCACAGUGGACGACACUGCGUCUCUGCACGAUGUGCGGUUUAUCGCCCCUUUUAUGAGUCUUGUUACGGCGGAAGAACUGAGGCGGGUGUACCUGCGUGCGUUCCUGCACUUUGUACAAAUGCAACUCCAGCAGCAACAACAGGCCGCCACCGCUGCUGUGGGGGCGAAUGCAGCAGGUGGAGUGGCGCACAUGCGGGGCGAGGAGCUGCACCAGUUCAUCCAAGAUGUCGUGCGUGAGGUGCUGGUGCGGUCCUCUGUGCGGAUCUCCGACGGCGCUUCUCGUGGUCUCUCACGCGUGGACCUCCUCAUCUACCUGCACCGCGCGCCACACGAGUCCGUCGCCACUGACGCUCAUGCAGCGCACAGCCAGGCAGCAUCGGCGUCGUCCGGUGUGGCGCGGGCGGAAUCACGCGGCAUUCUCGGUGACGCCAAUCCAUCCUCGUCCCCGUCGCCUGCUGCUGCUGCUGCUGCAACAGCUGCUGUGGCCGCCAAGUCGCAGACUGCGGAGGACCUCCCAAUCAGUACACUCACAACGAAGGAGGUCAUUGGCGUGCUGCUUAGGCUGUCACGCACCUUUGACGACGCCACAGCCGAGCUUCUGUAUGGCCCCGAGGAGAUAAAGAGCGCGGUGCGGCAGCUGAUGCAGCACAGCGGCGGGGCGCCUGUCCCCUCGCAACUGAUGGCGACCCUGAUCCUUGCCUGUGGCAUUCACGCUCAGCGGCCCCACACGGACCUUGUUCGCUUUGUUCAUCAAGAGGUCCUUUUACCGCUUGCGAAGGACGCAACGUGGGAGAAGGACAUGCAGCUCUGGCGCGGUGUCUUGUUCUUCGCGGAGGCGUACUACCGGGAGUGUAGCAGUUUUCUCAUCAACCUGCCCGAUCAGGUGCUCAUCGACGCGCUGCGUGCCCGCACCCAGCUGUGUGACUACUUCAAGGAGGAGCACGGCAACAACGCCUCCUUUGGCCACGUCUUGGGGAGUCUCUAG